AUGGAGCUAGGCUGUGAAUGGUACUUGGAAAUAUCUCAACAAAUUUUGGAUAUCAUCUUUGGGAUACAAACGAGUGGAAGAGAUCAUAUGGGUAAAGACGAAUCAACUUCCACUCAUUUGGGGAUAAGUGAUAAUGGUAAUGGGCUUUUAAGCCGUGGAAUAGUUAAGAAGAAGGAUUGGAGUAAUGGAGUUUUGUUGGUUAGUAAAGAUCCUGAGAAUUUGAGGGAUAUUGCGUUUAGACAGUAUGCGAUUUUGGUUAAGUGA